UAAUCUUUAUUAGUGUUCUGUGGUUGAUAGUGGGCAAUGCAAUAAUAAAUAAUAAUUCGUAUUCUGCAAUUUGUUUCAACUUUUUCCUUUGAUUUUUCUGAUUUCACUCUCUUGAAUUCUGUUUUGUAAUUUUAUUGAAAUCUGAAAAUGGAAAAUAUACUUGAUAAACCAGAUGCCAACAAUAUCAGAGCUUUAGAACAACUGAAGUAUGAUCUAGGUGUUGAAAACUCCGAAUCAGAAGAUGAACAUUCUAGAGAUAUUUGUAUGGAAUAUGAAGGUAGUUCUUUGAUGAAAGAUCAACAAGAGCAUGAGUUGAUUUUUAAUGAUUCAAUGGUAAUGAAGGAAGAGGAAAUGGAUCUUGAGACAGAUUUCAUACUCCCAGAAGUUUCCCAAUACACACAACCUAAAAAGAAAGAAAAAAAAAGCAAAAAAGAAAUUGAGGAAGAAGAAAGAGAAAAAAUGCAGGUUUUAGUUUCAAAUUUUACCGAGGAACAAUUGGAUAGAUAUGAGAUGUUCAGAAGAUCAGCCUUCCCUAAAGCUGCAAUCAAACGACUAAUGCAGACCAUUACUGGAUGCUCUGUAUCACAGAAUGUUGUCAUAGCUAUGGCAGGAAUUGCUAAAGUUUUUGUUGGCGAAGUUGUGGAAGAAGCAUUAGAUGUUAUGGAAGAACAAAGUGAAAAUGGUCCUGUUCAACCUAAACAUUUACGAGAAGCUAUAAGAAGAUUAAGACUUCAGGGUAUGAUUCUUGGUGGAAGAGAUUAUAGGACUCAUUUUAAAUUAUGAGAAAUGACAAUCAUUUCCUACAGAAAUUUAUAUGUAAAUAGAUAUUCACUUUUAAUUAAACUUAAGGAAAUUUUAUAUAAUAUACAUUUCUUUUUCA